UUGUUUCCUUGUAAAGUUAUAUAUAAUAUACUAUCAUUUUUAUUAAUACAGGAGGAGGUAGAGGAGGAGAUUGGUUGUUGUUAACGACGCGUUUCCACUUUGUUUUUGGGGUCUCUCCGUCUUUUGAAUCUUCAAUCUGAGUUUUUUUGAGCUGAGGAUUUUAUCGUAUUCGUUUCUCAUUAUUCAGAUCGAGCAUCAUCAUGGCUGCUGCAGCUGGAAACAAGAGCAUUAACGCCAAAUUGGUGUUACUUGGAGAUGUUGGUGCUGGGAAAUCAAGUCUUGUGUUACGGUUUGUCAAGGAUCAGUUUGUUGAAUUCCAGGAAUCAACCAUUGGUGCUGCUUUCUUCUCACAAACAUUAGCUGUUAACGAUGCUACUGUCAAGUUUGAGAUUUGGGAUACAGCGGGUCAAGAACGAUAUCAUAGUUUGGCUCCAAUGUACUACAGGGGUGCUGCUGCUGCAAUCAUUGUCUUUGACGUUACGAAUCAGGCCUCGUUUGAGAGGGCAAAGAAAUGGGUUCAGGAACUGCAGGCACAAGGUAACCCUAAUAUGGUCAUGGCCCUUGCUGGAAACAAAUCUGAUUUAUUAGAUGCAAGGAAGGUGACUGCAGAGGAGGCACAAAUAUAUGCUCAGGAAAAUGGUCUUUUCUUCAUGGAAACUUCUGCAAAAACCGCGGCUAACGUCAAGGAAAUAUUCUAUGAAAUCGCAAGAAGGCUACCGCGAGUACAGCCAACAGAAAACCCAACAGGAAUGGUUCUCCCAGACAGGGCCAUGGAUAGGGCAGUGAGUUCAUCUUGUUGUGCGUAGUUGUAUGUAAUGGCACACAUUUCUCUUGUAAAAGAGAUGUUUUGGUCAGUCACUUUUGAAGCUAUUGACUUUCUGUGUUUGCGUCUCUUUGCUUUAUUUUGCGUAUUGGGAUUUGAUCUCUAUACUAUACUCUUCUGUAAAUAAAAUCUAAAAGUCCAGUAAUUUAGUGCGUGAGGGGAUA